UGCCUUAGGUUUGUAUUAGUUUUGAAUUCCAUAAUUAUGCUCUAGCCCAGAGAUACGAGAUUUCUAGACUCCGCUGAAACUCUGGAUUCUCAAAAGGUUAAAACAAACGCGAGUCUUGUUUUUUUAAUUGCUGAAACAGUCAUUUAAAUAUUAUACGAAUUGAAUUUGUCUCAAAGAACGGAGGCUACAGAGAUGGGGAUGACCGCGCAGUAUGAAACCGCAGCCUGCAAUUGUAUUAGUGUGAUUAUGUGAGUGGGAACGUAUUACAAAUCAAUGGCAUGCAGAGUGCUUUGUAAGCAACAGCAGAUAGAGCCCACUGUGCAAGUGCGGGUUUUCGGAUUCUACCGUCUGCAUCAUUGUUUUAAUUAUACAGAGACAACGUGAGCUCAAGUCUGUACCUCACGUAACGGAAACCCACUACCGUAAUAAAGCUAACGGGACCAACAAUGCAGAGAGGGGUGAGAGCCAAAUGUCAAAAUUAUACUUAAUGAUACAAUACAAAACAUGUUGUGGCAUAUAAUUAAUUACCUCACAUUUCUAUUGGCCUGACCGCCAGACAAUAACACUGGCCAAACUCCUAACAACAAACAUCAGCACCUGAUGGCAAAUAUGCAAAGGGGAAAAAUAAAAGCCUAGAAGCCUAAAGUAAAUCCGUUUAGGAUAAGCGUCUAAACAGAUCGACAGUUUUUAAUGCCAACGUUUUUAACGCUUGCUCCAGUACGUGGAUUGAUUUGUUUCCAGCAUUCCCUCAGCAGAUGGAUUUUUGCCACUGCAGCUCAGUAGAGGGUGUCAGAUCUUCUAGAGUGCACCAGGCUGGAACGAGCUGAGCUUCUUAGCAACUCUCUGUAAUUCGGAAAUACAAAAAGGUCAGUAAAAUAGGGGGAAGCAUAGUGGGGUGAAAAGAUGCAGCGAUUGCGGAAAUCUUGCGGCGCCAUUUGAUCAGCAGCAAAGCCUUUUGUCUGGGGAGGGAUUUCGUUGGCGAGGAAACCGAAGCCGCAUUCUAAAGAAAGAUGAACACUGGAAGAACCCCGAAUUCUGGAAAAAAUGUGCAAGGUCAGAUACAUUUCAAAGGAAAAUUGAUCGCUUCUGCACAGAUCAGUGCAUAAGUGUAGCCUUUUUUGUCUAGCUGUUCGAUAUUACACACAGUGCUACAGGGAUCUAGUUAGUGGUCCGCCUUUGGGGAAGAUUUCUGCAUGCUUUGCACUACGUGCUUGCAUAGUUUGAAAUAAUUGAGCAGCUUCUGUACUGCCGAGGUGGAUGAACAGUGCAAAAAAUCGCCAUUUGGACGCUUAAUGUGUAAAUUAACUUUCUGUCAUGAACUGGGGUACGGACUGCGGUGUCUGAAGAUGUUGCUUUGGAUUUUGUUUCUGAAGGCGUCUCUUUGUUUGGCUGCUGGAAAUGUUACAAGGGACGUUUGCAAACAGGGGAUCUGUGCUUGCAACGAGGUUGAGGGGGAUAUGCAUGUUGACUGUGAAAAAAAGGGCUUUUCCAGCGUACAGCACCUAACAGCCCCAACCUCGCAGUUUUAUCAUUUAUUCCUGCACGGGAAUUCCCUAACCAGGCUUUUCCCCCAAGAGUUCUCUAACUUUUAUAAUGCAGUCAGUCUGCAUUUAGAGAAUAACGGGUUGCAUGAGAUUGUUCCCGGUGCUUUUCUUGGUUUACAGCUCGUGAAGCGCCUACACAUAAAUAACAACAAAAUCAAAUCAUUCAAACCGCAGACGUUUGUGGGUUUAGAUGAUCUGGAAUAUCUCCAGGCUGACUUUAACCUAUUGCGGGAUAUUGACCCAGAGGCAUUCAGAGACUUGAACAAGCUGGAAGUUUUGAUUUUAAAUGAUAAUCUAAUCAGUGCUUUGCCAACCUAUGUCUUCCAGUAUGUACCCAUCACCCACUUGGACCUUAGAGGGAACCGAUUAAAAACAUUGCCUUAUGAUGGAGUGCUGGAUCAGAUAAUAGGUAUUGCCGAAAUUCUGCUGGACGACAACCCUUGGGACUGCAGUUGUGAUCUAAUUCCUCUGAAGGAAUGGCUAGAGAGGAUCCAGAAAAAUGUUUUGAUCGGGAGAGUUGUGUGUGAAGCUCCCACUAGGCUACAGGGUAUUGACCUGAAUGAGACUUCGGUGGAAGAUUUGUGUCUUUGGAAAAAUGGUGUAGAUUCUAGUCUAGCAGCACCUCCAGUCCCAGGGGAGACGCCAGCGCCUGGGCCUAACCCAACGCAUUUCAGACUGAAUGGUCAGGAAAAGGCCCCCACUUCAGAGGCCAGUCACAAAGGAAAUACAAAAUUCAGAGAAAAUUGGAAGCACAAGAUUAGACCCACUGCUAGAAUGGUAUUGCCAACAGUUAAUUCAGUGUUGAACAGACCUUCUAAUUCUGUGCUGAAUAACCCUUCCAGUGAUAUCCCUUGCCCAGCGAUAUGCAGCUGCGAUCUGCAAACCCCUGGUUUUGGCUUAAAGGUUAACUGCAAUGAAAAGGAAGUGGGGAGUCUCGCUGAUUUGAAGCCCAGGCCCCUGAAUGUUCAAGAACUAUUUCUGAGAGGAAAUAAAAUACCCAGCAUCAAGCGAUCACACUUCAUGGAAUAUCGGAGCUUAAUCAUACUGGAUCUGGGGGAUAAUGACAUCCGAAUAAUAGAAAACAAUACUUUUCAGAAUCUGUCAGAUCUGCGAUGGUUGUAUUUGGAUAACAAUUACUUGGAUGUACUUAGGCAAGAGUUGUUUGCUGGAAUGCACAACCUAGAACUACUCAACCUAGGGUUCAAUUUAAUACAUCUGAUCCAUCCAGGUACAUUUAAUCAUUUGCCGAAUCUUAGGGCCUUGAUGCUGAACAACAACGUUUUGAAAUCCUUGCCGGUGGAUGUGUUUUCAGGAGUUUCACUUUCUAGUCUUAGUCUGCACAACAACUAUUUAAGCUACAUCCCAGUCGCUGGCGUUUUGGACCAGCUUACGUCUAUUAUAAAGGUAGAUUUACAUGACAACCCAUGGGAAUGCUCCUGCAACAUUGUGCCUUUGAAAGAGUGGGUGGAGAAACUUGGCCCUGGGACAAUGCAGGGUCAACUGAGUUGUGCUUCGCCAGAGGAGUUUUUAAGAAAGGAUUUUAAAACUUUGCCAAAUUAUUUGAUCUGCCCCCAACUUUAUACAAAAAUGUAUCCCACGUCUGCUUCAUCCAGAAACAGCAGUGGUUCUACAGAAACGGGCACACAUGCCAAUUCCUAUCUCGAUACCAGUCGUGUUUCUAUCUCUGUGCUGGUACCGGGACUUCUGCUUGUUUUUGUUACUUCUGCUUUUACAGUGGUUGGUAUGUUGGUGUUUAUACUGAGAAACAGAAAACGAACAAAGAGGAGAGAUGCAAAUUCAUCUGCGUCUGAAAUCAAUUCAUUGCAGACAGUGUGCGAUUCUUCCUAUUGGCAUAACGGGCCUUACAAUACAGAUGGAAGCCACAGAGUUUAUGACUGUGGCUCUCAUUCGCUGACAGACUAAUAGCUAGAAAACUAUGUAAAAAGGAAAAAUAAAUAUGUAAAAAAUAGAUUAUUUUGAAAGAAGUAUAUAUAUCAUGUUGGUUUAUACAUCAUUAAACUGUGCACUUACAAUUCUUGAGCAAAGUUAAAACACUGCAAUUUUCAUUCUUAAGAAAGCAGUUAAAAUAAAAUAAAAAAUGCAUACUGCAAACAAUAAACACUUGUGAACCCAACCCACGUGUGAGCGAAAAUGGCAGCUUACUGUGCAUUUGACUAGCACUUUAAAAAAGGAAUGCGAGUGGCUAGAAAUAGACUUUAUUAUACUUUGAAACAGUUGCCAUAAUAUAAAGAGACAUUAUCUGGAAGCAAACACUGGCACUGGUAUUUUUAAAGGGAGUCAAGUUGCACGAACGCAUGAAUGUAAUGUAAAUAAAUCACUACAAAAACAAGUGCUGCAUGAUUCGCAUGAAUUCCACACACCACUGGGACCCACUAAGCUGGAAGAAACCAACAUUCAUAUUAUUGUUAACAUCCUUCUUCAGCGCAAAAUCCUAGGAAACGCUAUGUACAAUAUAAUCAGAUUUUCAUUCCUCUAUUUUUCUGUGAAAAAAAAAAAAUAAAUGGUACUAUUUGUACUUUUAUUGCUGAA